AAUUAACCUGCCGUAACAAAAUCAGUACGGUGUUUCGAGUGAAUGGGAUGCCUUUGGUCGAAGAAAUGAGUUCUUCCACUCGGCCCCAUUUGGAAUGCCCUUCGUGUUAUACCAGGCGAACAAAGGUGAUGUGUCGCGAAGCAGGCUGUGGUUGUUGUGUAGUGUCAGUAACAAGACGUGACCUGAGUGUUGGGAAAGAUGUCGCUGUGGCAGUCAACUCUUGUCUCUUUCCUUUAUGUGGUGUUAACGGUGGCAAAGUUACAACAAUUGAAGGAAUUGGGAAUCGUUUUGAUGGAUUCAAUCCCAUCCAGGAGAGAUUAGCAGAACAUAAUGGCAGCCAGUGUGGUUACUGUUCACCGGGAUUUGUUAUGAACAUGUACAGUAUGUUGCAGAAGAAUCCCAGUCCAUCCAAACAACAGAUUGAAGAUAACUUUGAUGGAAAUAUCUGUCGCUGCACAGGCUACAGACCAAUUCUGGAUGCAAUGAAAACAUUUGCAAAGUCUGAAAAUCCAGUAGACAUCGAGGAAAUAACCAAAUGUCCAGGUGUGUGUGGCCAUGGAGGUCUUAAUUGUACAAAGAAGUGUCUCACAGCACCUGUUUAUGAAGAUAAUGGUGUACUUUGGUAUGCUCCAACAACACUGGGUGAUCUGUACACACUUAUGGCAAAACACAAAAACGAUAAGAUCAGGCUUGUGGCUGGAAACACUGGGAAAGGUAUUUACAAGAAUGAUGGUCCUUUUGAUGUGAUGAUUGACCUAAAGAAAAUUGAGAAGCUCCACACCAUACCAAGUGUGACUGAGUCACCCCAGGUACCCAAUGGUGAUCUUGUCAUUGGUGCUGCUGUUACCCUGAACACUCUUAUUAGUGUGCUGGAUAACCAAGCUAAGGUGAUGUCUGGUUACAAAGUGCUUGCUGAUCAUGUGCGCAAGGUGGCCAAUGUUCCUGUUCGGAAUGUUGCUAGUAUUGCUGGAAAUCUGAUGCUAACUCAUGAUCAUCCUGAUUUCCCUUCUGAUAUUUUCACCAUCCUUGAGGCUGCUGGUGCCAGGCUAAUUAUUGCUGACAGCUCAACAGCAAGUGAAACUCAGUACUCACUUAUGCAGUUUCUUUCAUUGGAUAUGACUGGCAAGGUAAUCUUGGCAGUCUUGUUACCUAUAUUUACAAGUGACUGCAUCAUUUGCACCUACAAAGUUAUGCCAAGAUCACAGAAUGCCCAUGCCUAUGUGAAUGCUGGGUUUGUCGCCAAGGUUGACCAGAGUACCAUGACCUUAAGUGCUGUCAGGAUUGUCUAUGGUGGAAUUGAGCCUCAUGCAAUGCACCCUUUCAAAACAGAAUCAUUCUUGGUUGGUAAAACACUUACUGAGCAGACUACUCUUGCAGAGGCUUUGACUAUGCUUGGAGAGGAGAUUGUCCCAGAUUCUCCUCCCGUGGGUGCAAGCAAAGAGUACCGCAAAUCGCUGGCUCUUAGCUUGUUUUACAAGUUCUAUUUGAUGGUUUUGGGAGACAAAGCAUCGGCUAGGGUCAAGUCAGCAGCAGUGCCUUUUAUUCGUCCAGUAUCAUCUGGCACUCAGGACUAUGACACACAAAAGCAGGAAUAUCCAUUGACAAAACCAAUGACUAAACUAGCUGCCAAGCUACAGACAUCUGGUGAAGCUCAAUACAUUUCUGACAUACCCAUCCAAGGUGGUGAACUUCAUGCAGCCUUUGUUGUGAGCACACAGGGAAACUGCAAGAUUGAUUCUUAUGAUGCAUCUGAGGCCUUGAAAAUGCGUGGAGUUGUCAAAUAUAUCACAGCAGCAGAUAUUCCCAAAGGUGGUAUUAACAGUUUCGUGCCAACAUCUUUUGGUUUUGCAGUUGAUGAGAUAUUUAGUUCGGGAUAUGUUUCGUAUGCUGGUCAAGCUUUGGGAGUUAUAAUUGCUGAUACUCAGGAACAUGCGGAUGAAGCAGCCAAAGCUGUUAAAGUGACAUACAAAGAUCAAGAACCUCCUCUACUCACUAUUGAUGAAGCAGUGGCUGCUAAGUCAUUCUUUGAUCCACAGGCGAAGACAAUUACAAAAGGAGAUGCUGAAACUGCAAUAAAAAGGUCACCACAUGUGAUACAAGGGGCAGUAUCUACCGGACACCAAUACCACUUUCAUAUGGAAACUCAGGUUGCACUAUGCGUCCCUGAAGAGGAUGGUAUCACCGUCCAUUGUCCUACACAGUGGGUGGACCUUACUCAGGCUGCUGUGGCACAAACUCUCAAUUAUCCAGUCCAAAGUGUUAAUUUGAGUGUUAAGAGGUGUGGAGGUGCAUAUGGAGCAAGAAUCACUGCAGCCAAUCAUGUUGCUACAGCAUGUGCCCUGGCUGCUUAUGUCACAAAGAGACCAGUUCGAAUGAGGUUGAAUCUUAGCACAAAUAUGGAGAUGGUUGGAGUAAGAGAACCUUUCAAGGCAACUUACAAGGUGGGUGUGGCAAGUGAUGGCAAGUUGAAUGGCAUUGAUGUUGACUUGUAUGCGGACUGUGGCAGCACAUCCAAUGACCUUGACGUUAGUGUUGCACAGGCAUGGGUUGACAAUGCAUACUUUUGUGAAAACUGGAAGAUCGUGCCAUAUGCCACUCACACUCACACAGCUAGUAACACAUGGUGUCGUGCACCAGCUUCCACACAAGCAGUGUUCAUCAUUGAGUCAAUUAUGGAACACGUUGCCAAAGAACUGAAAAUGACACCUGAAGCUUUGAGAAAAGUGAAUUUCUACAAGAAUGGAGAGAAAACUCAGAUGGGUCAGAUAUUGAAUUAUUGCAAGUUGGACACAGUAUGGAAUGAUAUUCUUGUUUCUAGUGACUUCCAGACAAGAAAAGCUGCCAUUGAUACUUUUAACAAGAAAAAUCGCUGGCGAAAACGAGGAAUCAGUGUUGUCCCUCUCAAAUAUGGUUUAGGAUACUCUGGUGCCCAGUUUACAGCAAUGAUAUCAAUAUACCAUGCAGAUGGCACAAUUGCCAUUUCUCAUGGAGGAAUUGAAGUAGGCCAAGGAAUUAACACUAAGGUAGCACAAGUUGCAGCAUACCAGCUGAAAUGUCCUCUGGAUAAAAUUGCAAUCAAACCCACAUCAGCAUUUAGCAACCCAAACAGUGGUGCAACAGGUGGAAGUAUUACAAGUGAAUUGUGUUGUAAGACUGUUCUUGGCUGCUGUGACAUCCUCAACAAAGUGAUUGAUCCUGUGAGAAAGACUAUGCCAUCAGCCUCUUGGGCUGAAAUCAUUGCCAAAUGCUUUGCCAAUGGUUGUGAUUUGUCUGCCAAAUACAGGUACCAGGCCCAAAGUAAAGAGAUGUUUAAUUACUAUAUUUAUGGGGCUACAUGUGUGGAAGUUGAGCUAGAUGUUCUGACAGGAGAAAGAGAGAUAAUUCGUGCAGACAUACUUGAGGACUGUGGACAAAGCAUGAACCCUGAAAUUGAUGUUGGGCAAGUGGAAGGUGCUUUUGUGAUGGGACUUGGUUUGUGGUUGACAGAGAAAUUCAUAUAUGAUACUAAAACAGGACAAAACCUGACAAAUGGAACCUGGGAAUACAAGCCCCCAUGUUCCAAGGACAUACCAAUUGAAUUCAAAGUGACCCUUCUGAAGAAUGCCCCCAAUCCACUUGGAAUUCUUAGGUCAAAAGCUGUGGGAGAGCCACCUUUGUGCAUGUCCUGUGCAAGUCUGUUUGCCAUGAAACAUGCAGUGGAGGAGGCCCGCACAGAGAUUGGUAAAGGAGCUGAUUACUUUGUAAUGAAUGCACCCUCCAUGGUAGAAGACACACAGCUUGCAUGCCUCGUGGAGCCUAGUCAAUUCAGCUUGUAAACAGGCCUGUCUUGAUCCUCAGAAACUUAUACUAUGACAACUUUUAAAUUUACUUUAAUUUGUACAAUCUUUGUAGAGGCGAGAAUGAUAGAUUUAUAUCAAAUCCAAAUUUAUGUAGCUUUUAGUCUGCUGAUUAGCUGCCAGCCAGUCUACAGCUUAUUUAAUAAACAGAAGAAAUUAUUCAUGAACAAUUAGUUUGUUAGCUUGAUCAGAGAUUUCCAUUCCUUGAUGGCUGAUAAGGGCAAAGUUUAAAUCAACUAUAAUGCAUAGAAAUUAAUUUUGAGCAAUUAAUGUAAUUGUUUUGGUGUAGAUCUACUAGUCAUAUAAAACUUAAUUUUGUUUACAACUGCACACUGAAGCAUGUAGGCUACAACCCUAUGUACUGCUCCUGUAUGCUGUUAAGUGUCUUUCUUAUCUCAAUAUCUUUCACUGAAAAGAGAGCAAGUAGAUUAGCUUAUCAGAUUGCCGCGUCUAUGAUAGAUCUUCAGUAGAUUUAAGUCAAUUACUUUUGUACUGUACAUUAACUUCAAAACUAGUGGCUCCACCUUAAGAAACCAUAUCACAAGGAAAUGAGAGAAUGAAGUAUUCUCACAGACACCUAUUUUAGGUGAAGAGAAAUGCAGUUUAACUACCAGGGGUUACCAAAUUUGGGGAACAGCUUAAUAAGCAAACAAAAAAGAUUGACAAAAUAGAUGAUUUAGAUAAAGUAAUGAUGUUGAAGACAUAUGCAUGCAGCAUUUUAAAUUGAUUCUACUUCCCAGUAUCAUACUCUGUUUGAAUCCUCUGUUAUUAACAAGAGAUGGGCACAUCACUCCGGUCGAACUGAGAAUGAAAGCAGAGCAACAAGGGUUUAGGAUAGUGGCAUUUGGCCCCCAUGGUGCCAAAAUGAGGUGUAACCAGGAAGAAGAAGCAAACAAAGUUCUUGAUGAGGUGGGGUCAAAUACCCACAAAUGAAUAAAGGCUGUUAGUUUCUAAAGAAA